GUGAUGUUAUGGGAUAGGCCAGAUGACUACAGAGUGGGAAGGUGAGAGAGCACUGCUGUUGACUAUUGUGUGACAGGUCUUACCACAGAGACUCUUCCGGUGAACAAAUUGAUGCGGGUGAGAAGUGUUUGGACAGGAACAAGAAGUGGUGAGCAGAGGGAAAGACCUGGUUAAGAUGAGCCUGAACUUUGUUUCUGCCUUUUUCACUCACUUAUUCUUCUCACUUAGCCAAGCUGAGUUUCUUUAAAUUAACUUAUCGUGCAACACUGACAUGUGUUUGGACUCUGUUUGGAGGAACUGACGUUACCCUGACUUCUGUCUGACGGCGACCUGUUGGACCGUACAGAAGAGAUAUGACACAGAAUGGUACUAUGACAAGCAAUGGCACCGCUAAGAAGGGAGAAGAACUCAAAAUUGUUAUUGUGGGUGAUGGGGGUUGUGGGAAAACAUCCCUUCUAAUGGUCUAUGCCAAAGGAGACUUUCCAGAGAAGUAUGCUCCGUCUGUGUUUGAGAAAUAUGUCACCACAGUCAAGUUUGGAGGGAAAGAGAUUCGACUAAACCUCUAUGACACAGCUGGCCAAGAUGACUACGAUCGUUUGAGGCCACUCUCCUAUCAGAAUGCCAACCUGGUGUUAGUCUGUUAUGACGUAACCAACCCCACCAGUUUUGAAAAUGUCUUAAUCAAAUGGUACCCGGAAGUGAACCACUUCUGUCGCGAUGUUCCUGUCAUUCUGAUUGGCUGUAAGACUGACCUGAGAAAGGAUAAGGAACGUACCAGGAGGCUCAAAGCCAUGGACCAGGCUCCCAUUACUUACAUACAGGGUGAGGACACCAGGCGGCACAUGAGUGCUGAGCUUUAUCUGGAGUGUUCAGCCAAAUAUCGUGAAAACGUGGAGGACAUUUUCAGAGAGGCCACUAAAAAAGCCCUGGCAUCCAGCCGCAGAGCAAAACACCGUACGAGGAAGAGGCAUUGUGUCGUCCUGUGACCUCUUAGUGAAAGGACAGAGGCUUGAAGUCAAUUGACACAACAGGACACCCUGUCCCCUGGUCUUACAUGUAAAAUCUACACCAUCUGCUGCUUGUCUAUUAUAAACAACUGCUUGCCACAUCCUGGGUCAUCCUAAUUCAAUUUCAUCAAGUGCCUGUCUAGAGACACCAUCCCCAGCCAACUCAUGCCCUUGGGAUCUGGACAAUGAUAUUCAACACUGAACUAAUGUCUGCUUGGGUCGAGAUGGUAAUCCUGCUAGUUCUGUGGGCGCAAGGUCUAUCCUGGGAUUCCAGAGUGGUUUUGUCUCCACGUUAGGCCAAAGUAUAAGUGGGAAUAUGAUAGAAGUAGAUCGAGAUUGUGUAUCAUAGAAUUUUAAAUAUCCUUUUUAUCAGUUACUGAAUUGAUAUUUUUACUUUUAUAAAUAAUUUGUUGUACCCAUU